AUGAAGAGUGAAAAGAGGAAAAGUCACCUGAUGAGUAGUGAUGUCAUCGUCCAGGUGGAGAGGGGCGGGGUCAGAAGGUCUCUCAGAGGAGUCCUGAAAAGGUCAGCUGGACGCUCUGACCUCAGCAGGUGGAGGAAGGUCAAAGGUCACCUGUUGUCGGGGGGGCGGAGCCUGGUGGCCUUUGUGUCGGGGCUGCUGUUGGCGUCUCUGUACGGAGUCACGGCUCUCUUCCUGCAGAAGCAGCCUCUGUGGUCGUGCGUCUUCACCACGCUGACCGUCGCCGUGCUGGCGGCGUUCGGUAUGGGACUGUCAGCCGGCGUCCGGGCCGACGUCUCCGUGCUGCUGCCUUCACUGUGCUCAGCUCAGGGGAAGAACUUCCUCCUCUUCCUGUUCGUGUCGGUGUUGCUGACCGGUCCUCUCAACAACACCUUAGAAAACACAGAGCGAGCCGCCGCCAGUCUGCUGUGUGGAGCCGAGCUGGCAGCCAAUCAGACACAGGAACUGAUGCAGAGGUCGGCCACGCCCCUUUUCUCUGCGUUGAACAGCAUCAGAGAGAUCAGCAGGAACGCUCACUCUGCAGCCGGACGAGUUCAGGACUUCAUCCUCGCUCUGACCGACAGCGUCCGCCAUGUUGCUCGCACUCUGAGGAACGUCCUCCACUUCCUGGUGGACAUCGGUGACGUGUGUAACGCCAAACUGGGCUCUCCGUACAGGAAGUGCCGGGCUCUGUUCGCCGAGGCUCGAGCCGACUGCUCCGACCUGCUGGGGGAGUUCAAAUUCCUGUGUGACAUCGUGGACGGGUUCCUGCCGCUCUGCAACAUCGCCCGCGCCGGCGAGCUCUUCUGCAUCAUCCCGUCCUACAUCGCUGGACAUCUGAAGAAACGUCUGGCAGCUCCCACAGUUGCGGCGUUUGAGCGACUGAAGCGGGAGUUUGACUUCAACCUCUCGGCCUCGGUGACCUUUGACCUGGACGCCAACAGCAGCCGCUCUCUGCAGCAGGUAGCUCAGGACAUCAUGGAGGAAGUCUCAUCAGAGCUGCAGGUGUUUCAGAAGCUGAGCGAACCGCUGACGUACGUCGGCCUCGUCCUGCUCGCCUGCUCCUUCCUGAGGGCGGUGAGGUACAGACGCAGGUUUCUCCGUGAGCUCGACUUUGAUAACGUUUACAUCACCGCUCAGUUCGAGGAGUUCAACCAACAGGUGACCUCAGGGGGCGGGGCUUCAGUCCUGCCAAUCACACGCAGAGAAGCCAAGACCUACAUCACACCACUGUCGUGUCACCUGACGUCCCGGGAGCGGCGGGCGGUGUUAGUGGGCGUGGUCUCGGUCUUCAGACACCUGGUGACGGGCGGCCUGCUGGUGGCGCUGGACUUCCUGGUGUUCUGGAUGCUGGAUCAGGUGCACCACCAGGUGAAGGGGGACGUCGUGGCCAGAGCCCCGGUCACGGUGGCGGUGCAGGUGAACGGAUCGGGUUACGCCUCGGACAUCUUCAGAGACCUGGUGGCGUCGUUUGACGUCCUGCAGCGAGGAAACGUCACCGUGAUCAGCAGGAAGUGUCUGCUGGAGCCGUCGGAGCCGGACUACGUCACCUGCCUCAUCCUGGGGUUCCUGCUGGGUCUGGCUCUGCUGGUCUCUCUGACCGGAGGAUUCGUGCAGCGAUGCAGACGACUCGUCUGUUCUGCUUAUCAUCCAGAGAGAGAGCUGGAGAGGAUCCGGUUCCUCCGGCAGCAGAUCCUGGAUCAGAGGAGGACGUUGGGUAAAGCCCUGAGGAGGUCUGCAGCCAGGAGCAGAGCUGACGGAGGAGGAGUUCUCAGGUUACCUGGAGGGCCUCACCUGUCUCACCUGCUGGGUCGUCCGUCAGUCAGCUGUCUGUCCUGUGGAGAGGAGGUGAUCCAGGAGGACAACACUGCCGUCUGUGAUGUCCCACAGUGUCCAGCCUUGUACUGUCGGCCGUGUUUCCACAGUUUGGGAAAUAUGUGUUUCGUCUGCACGCGACCUCUGACCUCACAGGAAGACGAGGACGACGGCGAGGAGGAGCUUGACAACGAGCAGCUGAACUCGAGGAUGAAGAUCUCCACGGCAACGAGACGAAGACCGACCGAACUCUGGAACAGUCGAAUCAGAACCACGACUGAACAGGAUGGAGGAGGAAGUGACAUCAGUGUUGACUCUGAGCUCAGUGAAGCAGACAUGACGUACCAGGACCGACCCGGGUCAGACGACAGCGACUCCUUCUACUCCACCAACUCCUUCUACUCCACCAGCUCUCCAAAGACCAGCAGCCUGCAGGACCAGGACUCUCCAGGACCCUGA